AUAACUCUUAUAAAACGGAUUAAACAUUAUUAGGGUUUCUUUUCAUUUCGCAUUUCGCAUUUCGCAUUUCGCAUUCGCAUUCGCCUCGGAUCGAAGAAGAUGGGGAAACAGACGGUGCCGGUAAAAUCGGUGGUCUAUGCUCUCUCUCCUUUCCAGCAGAAGAUAAUGACCGGUCUCUGGAAGGAUCUUCCAACCAAGAUUCACCACAAGGUCUCCGAGAAUUGGAUCAGCGCCACUCUCUUGCUCGGUCCCCUCGUCGGCACCUACACGUAUGUUCAGAACUACCUGGAAAAGGAGAAGUUGGCUCACAGGUACUGAGCUCAUGCCAGAGUAGAUUGGAUAAUCUUCAAGUUUGUUGUCUUAU